CGCAGCAGGUCCCUCCCCGCACACGGCCCGUCCGCCCCCCCGGGGCCAUGGCCGAGCUCCGGCCGUGCCUUGCGGGGAAGGCGGCGACACCCUCUGCAGGUGUCCCCGCAAGCCCGUCCCCGUCCCCAUCCCUCCCCGUCCCACCGCCGGCCGGAGCAGAGCCCGGCCGGUGCGCGGAGCCGGUUACUCACCGGGACGAACACCUCGGGCCUUUGGGCCUCCCGCAGCCCCCCGGCCCCCGCCCGCCGAGACCCCCCGCCCCCCCCCCCCCCCCCCCCCCCCCAGUCCCUCCCGUCGCAGCGGGGGCACUUCCCCGGGCCGCCCCCGGCCGCUGCAGCCCGGGGCCAGGCUCGGCCGGGCGGCACCGAGCAGCCCCCCGCAGCCCCCGGUAGCCGGGCUGGGGUUUUAUAUUGGAAAUUAGGGGCAGGGGGAGGAGAUGGCGGGCACGCGGAGCGCUGAGUGUGCGGUGUCAAUCAGAGGGGUUUUGUGUCUCCUCGGCUCCCGAUGGUCCGUGGCUGAGGUGUCCCGGGUGGCACCACAAUGAAUAUGAAUAGGGGUCCUUGCUAAAUGGGACAGUCAAAGCGCACCGCCCUGAAUAAUGGCACGUCAUCCUAACUAGACCAUUAUACAUAGGAGGGCUCCUUUUGUCUCUGCUCUCUGCUGCAGCGCUAUAAAAGCCCCUCUUUUUCAGGCUGAGAGCUUCCUCGCCAGACAUGGAUGAGAUGUACCUGAGGGAGCACCACCACCACCACCACCACCACCACCACCAGGACAGCCGGCUCAACUCCGUCUCCUCCACCCAGAACGACCUGGUGCAGAAGAUGGCCGGGGAAGGCCUCUCCAGGACCGGCUCCAAGGCCGGCGGGGAAGGCAGCAAGUACAAAAUCAAGAAGCAGCUCUCGGAGCAGGACCUGCAGCAGCUGCGGCUGAAGAUCAACGGGCGGGAGAGGAAGAGGAUGCACGACCUCAACCUCGCCAUGGACGGGCUGCGGGAGGUGAUGCCCUACGCCCACGGGCCUUCCGUGAGAAAACUCUCCAAAAUCGCCACCCUCCUGCUGGCCAGAAACUACAUCCUGAUGCUCACCAGCUCGCUGGAGGAGAUGAAGAGGCUGGUGGGGGAGAUCUACGGGGGGCACCACUCGGCCUUCCACUGCGGCACGGUGGGACACUCCGCCGGGCACCCUCCCCACGCCGCCGGCACCGUGCACCAGGUGCACCCCAUCCUGGGCACCGCCUUGUCCUCGGCCAACACCUCCUCGUCCCUGCCCGCCUCCCUGCCGGCCAUCGGCACCAUCCGCCCCCCCCACUCCCUGCUCAAGACCCCCUCCACGCCCCCCGCCCUGCAGCUCGGCAGCGGCUUCCAGCACUGGGCGGGCUUGCCGUGCCCCUGCACCAUCUGCCAGAUGCCCCCCCCGCCCCACCUCUCGGCCCUCACCGCCUCCAGCAUGGCCAGGAUCUCGGGGGACACCAAGGACCUGCUCAAGUGAUGCCGCGGGCCCCCCCCCGGAGCCGGCUGGGGCGAGGGGCGAGGGCGACUAGGACCCCCCCGGGGGCGCUGCCCGGCGGCGGCGUGCCCUGGGACGAGGAACGAAGUGAGAGCGACAACGAGCAAGCCCCGCUGGAAAAAAGAAGAAUAAGAUGUAAAUAAUUCCUUAAAACGGAUGGGGGAAAAGAAAAAAAAAAAAAAAAAAAAAAAAAAGACAUGGUUGUCACUGUAGCGUUCGCAGCCACGCAGAGACGAUGAGAUCGGUUUGGGGCUUCUUCUCCUUCUUUUGCGGGAUUUUCCUUUUCUUUUCUUUUGAACGGCGCCGUCUCGGGAACCUCCUGCUCCGAAGGGCCCGACGUAGCCCAGCGGGUGCAUGCAUGCUUCUGGCCGACCUCCCCAGCGCCCUGUGCGGGCAGCCGGGCGGUGUUCCUCGCAGCGAGGGCUGCCGAGCCAGUUUGGGAAAGUUUCCUCCCGGUUUGGUCGCGAUGCAAGUUUUGUUUUCGGGUCCUUCUCUUCUCCCCUCUGUGUCCGCUCGGAAAAAAAAAAUAGAAAAGAAAAAAAAAAAAAAAGAGAGGGGGAAAUUGUGCAAAACGCAGCACAGCCCUCCUCCGGGGCUGCUUUGCCAAAUCUCCAUCUCCUGCCCCCAGUGAGGUCCGCUAGCUCAGCUGGCUGGGGUCCUCGCCGCUUAUUUCUCUCCUCGGUUUUGUUCUGUUUUCCUGGUUUUCUGUUGGUGUGUUUCGUUUUGGUUUUGCAUGCGGGGGCGGCUCUUGCCAGACCGGUGACUCGUGUUACUAAACCUGCGCCUUGGUUGCUCUUUAUUCCCUUUUCGGUACGUUUCCCUGGGCAUUUGCUUGAAAUGUUAUUAUUAUUAUUAAUUUCGUUCGUUCGUUCUUUCGUUUGUUUUCGGUUAGGGCCUCAAAGACAACACCGUGUCUUUAUUUUUUAUAUAUUCUUGAUAACUAUCGAUAUAUUUAUUAUUGACCAGUGUUUCUGGAUGAGAUUUCCGAAUAAAAUAAUAAAAAAAAAAGAAUAA